AUGGAUCUAAAGUCGCCAGUUAUCAGAAGUGAACACAUCUACCGGGCCUAUUGGUUAUAUUGGCGUCUUUUGGGUUUGGAAAGCCCCUAUUUGCUGAAUCGUUUGCUGGAUAUUCUGAUCACAGUUUUCGUCACCUUCUGGUACCCAAUUCAUUUGAUUCUCGGACUCUUUAUGGAAAGAACCCUCGGUGAUGUCUGCAAAGGCCUACCAAUCACAGCUGCCUGCUUUUUCGCAAGCUUUAAAUUUGUCUGUUUCCGCCUGAAGUUGGAAGAGAUUAAAACAAUUGAAGUUUUGUUUAAGGAAUUGGAUCAGCGAGCUGUGAGUCACGAGGAAUUUCAGUUUUUUAAUCAAAAUACAAGACGUGAGGCGAAUCUAAUUUGGAAAAGUUUCAUUGUGGCCUAUGGAUUGUCGAAUGUUUCGGCCAUAGCAUCGGUUCUCUUCGGCGGUGGACAUAAGUUGCUAUAUCCGGCCUGGUUUCCCUACGAUGUCCAGGCCUCAGAGCUACGCUUUUGGCUAAGUGUAUCCUACCAAAUAGUUGGCGUAAGUUUGGCCAUAGUUCAGAAUCUAGCUAAUGAUUCCUAUCCACCGAUGACAUUUUGUGUGGUUGCGGGACAUGUAAGACUUAUGGCAAUGCGUUUGAGUAGAAUAGGCCAAGAUCGAAAGGAAACAAAGUCUGAGAUCGGGAAAAAAUUAUUGGAAAGCAUUGAGGACCACCGAAAGAUCAUGAAAAUCGUAGAACUGCUACGCAGCACCAUGAAUAUAUCGCAACUUGGUCAGUUCAUAUCAAGUGGCGUCAACAUUUCCAUAACGCUUGUCAAUAUUUUAUUCUUUGCGGAAAAUAAUUUUGCUGUAACUUACUAUGGGGUAUACUUCCUAUCCAUGGUCCUGGAGCUAUUUCCGUGCUGCUAUUACGGUACUCUGAUAUCCGUCGAGAUGAGCAGGCUGACCUAUGCGAUAUAUUCGAGCAACUGGAUGGGAAUGGAUCGGGGAUACUGCCGCACCCUGCUGAUAUUCAUGCAACUAACCCUGGCGGAGGUGCAGAUCAAGGCGGGCGGAAUGAUUGGCAUCGGAAUGAACGCCUUCUUCGCCACCGUCCGCUUGGCCUACUCCUUCUUCACCCUGGCCAUGUCGCUGCGAUAA